CAGUUUUGUUUCCGAUUGCUUUAGGAAACAACGUUUGAAGUUGGUUAGCUUUUUUGUGCAUAAAUACUAGAGGUCAGAGUAGCAAAACAGCUUCUUUGUCAGGAUGGCAAGUAGCGGAUGAAAAUUUCAUAAACAAAUAGACAACGAAGUUUGCUCCUCCACUUGAAUGCAAUCAGCGAAGCGGAUAGAAUAUCGUCAUAACGCAGACAAUAGUAGUGCUUACAUCGACAUCCUAGUAGACCUUUUUCCCCCGGAUACAUACAUUUGUAUGUAUGCAUUUAUGUAUGUUUGUUGACAACAACAACAAGUGGGAAGGACAGUAAAAAUAGCAAACAUAACAAGCAACAGACAUACAUACAUACAUACAUCCACACAAUUAGCAUCAGCAACAGGAAAGUAAUUCCAAUUGAUCCAUAAUCGUCGUCACGGCAGACGGAAUAGACUCAAAAUGGAAGACUUAUUCUUGCUGAUAAUCAAAGAGUCCACAGGGACGAAACACAAUGCAUUGCGGCAAACUGCGCAAAUCGCCUACGAUAAGUUAUAUCGCCAGCAUGGCAUCCAUCGGGAUCCAGCCCAUGAACUCCGUUCGGUAUGUUUCACAGCACUGCAGAUGGCGUUAGACACAAAGCGGCCAAAGUUCAUCACAAUGGGCCUCAAUGGAUUGCAUGUAAGUGAAAAUCUAAGCUAA